CACUGCAAGAUCAGUUCAGCUAGUGCUUCACACAAGAGCUAGUGAGAACUGAGCUGCAAAUCGCUAGUCAAACAGCGUGCCAAGCCAAGAUGGCAUCCUCGCUGAGUAGCCGGGCCUUGCUAGCCGGGGCGGUGCUCGUCGCCGCCGCGCUGCUGCUCCCAGCCCGCCACGCGAUGGCCACCAACGACGACAAGGCCAGGGCACCCACGUCGGCCAACGAUAAGGCCGCGCCGGCUCCGGGCUACGGCAGCGCCAAGCCGCCGACGCCGUCGCCCGCGGACAAGGGUGCGCCGGCACCGUCCUACGACAACGCCAAGCCGCCGCCGUCGUCGCCGCCGCCGGGCGACAUGGCCGUGCCGCCUUCGGCCUACAACACCACCAUCCCGCCGCUACUGCCCCUCGUGCCGCCGCCGAAGCCGCUGCCCUUCGUCAUCGUGGAGGGCGUCAUCUACUGCAAGUCCUGCAAGGGCAAGGGCUACAACACCGGCAUCGACGCGUCGCCUCUGCCAGGCGCGACGGCGAUGAUGGUGUGCUACGGGCGGAAGGUGGUGAACGCGACGGGGACGGUGACGGACGGCAACGGCUACUUCCUCAUCAUGUUCUACGACAUGCAGAACUUCAACGCCAGGACGUGCAAGAUGUACCUGGUCUCGUCGCCGACGCCGCAGUGCAACAAGCCCUACUACCCUCCCAACCAGUGGAUCGGCCUCUCCCUCGUCAGGGAGACGAGGACCAUCCCGCCGGCGGGGCUGCAGGGCAUCUACAGCCCAACCAGCGUUCUCUUCUACGCACCCGGCGCCAAAGGCCAGUGCCCCUACUGAUCGACGAUGGUGGCGACCUGUUAAUUCGAUCAUCCCGUUGGACACGUUAAGAUCGAUCUUGGUCGAUCAUCAAGGCAGUAAGUAAUAAGUAGCUAGGCAUUGCGUUCUUAGCUUAAUCAAUUACUCCGUAGCUUCUACUACUACUAUAUAUGUGAGUUCAGGUCUAGUUCGAUCGGAGCAUAUGAGUAAUGGCGAUGCUUUGAUGGUGGAUUGGUGUCGAUGUAAGAUUAUAUUGCAUUGUGUUGCCAUUGGCUAGCUGAUCAGUUCAUUAAUUUAUCUUCAUCAAACUUGUGACUGUCCAUUCGUA